GCGUUUCGUGGCAGGCCAAUCUGGUUCUGGCGGACGGUUUCUGCCUCAGCAGAGCAGUCCAGUGCCCAGCCCGUACGCCCCUCAGAGCCCUGCUACUGGCUACAGACAGUAUCCUCACCCGCCGGCCUACAGCCAACACCAGCACAUACAGCAAGGUUCAGUAGCAAGUCCAAUGAUUCCAGGUGGCAUGAGAAAUGUUCAUGAGAACAAGGAUCAGAUGAGAACGUUUACAGGCACGUCUCAUAUCCUGCAGUCCUCUCCACCCUACACCCCUCCUCGUGACGGGGCUACAGAUCUGCUCCUCAGCUCUCCGGAGAAGCAGCGCGGUCUGAAACCCGGCGAGGGGGAGCGCGAGCAGGACGAUAAGGAUGCUGUGUAUGAUAUCGUGGGCUCACCUUCAAAAGACCACACUAAGCUUAUCCUGCGUGGGUCGCGGGCACGGCCGGCAGAGAUGGAGCUGGGGGGAAUGUACCCGGGCUCAGACCCUGAGGGAGAACUCGUGGAGGCUUUGGCUGCAAUAGAAAGGAUGGAAAGUGAAGCAGCCAUGGAGACGGAGCGUAGCGCUAAAGAGGUUCAGGACAAAGAUAAACCUCUGAAGAAACGCAAACAGGACUCUCAUCCGCAGGAGCCUGGCGCGGCCGGAACAGCAGGUUCGGGCGCCGGGGCCCCUGGUGGGGGUGGCGGAGCUAACGCCGGGCACAGGCUUGCCCCUCAAGAGGCUAGUGCCGCCGGUACCAGCGCCAGCUGUCCGGGCCUCCAGGUGAGCUUGGAACAGGUGGGCAGGGUGGAGGAAGCCUGCAUGGGCGUGCCCAUCCCCGCCAGCGAGGCCCAACGCUGGCCUCAGGAGCCACAGGAGGGCGUCACUCCGAAAGCACUCAAACACAAGCACGACCACGCCCCAGAACACCGGCAUCACCCUGAUGACAAGCAGCCCGACACUCCGCGGCCGAAACACAGACCCGAGGGUCGCCACGGCGAUGCCCAGUCUGGGAGCAAACCGGUCGAGCUUCUGCCAUACCUCCUGGGUGAAAACACAGGCACAGGAUCGCUCAAGAACUUCACCAUCCCCAAAAUCAGGAAGGACGGAGGGGGAGAUGUUCCGGAAGGCUGGAAGCAGCCGUGCGUGCGGCUGGAGAGACUGGAGCCUGAAGCUGAUGUGAAGAAAAGUGUCAAGCCUGUGGUGGUCCUGCAGAAGCUCUCUAUAGAUGAGGUGCAGAGACUCAUGAGAGAGCGAGACUCACGCGGCUCAAAGUCCAGCAAGAAUAGACUCUCCUCCGGGAGAUCCGGGAAAGGUAGGGGAUUACUCCUGUACUAUGACAAACAUCUCACAAUGACUAUUUUGUAA